GGUAACUGGGCGCGUGUCCAAUUGGAGAAACGGAAAUUGGCGCUUAGUAAGGAGUUAUAUUGGGACUUGACAACACUAGUCGCACCGUGUCUGGUGUCCAACGCUAGAAGAGAAGAGAGGAGAAGAGAAGAGACGAGAAGGGAGCAAAGAAUCAUCAAACAACGAAGCCAAUGGGGUGGGCAAUUGCUUUACACGGAGGUGCCGGCGACAUCCCGCGCUCUCUGCCCCCCGAACGUCGCAUACCCCGGGAGGCCGCCCUCCGCCACUGCCUCGAUAUUGGGGUUGUCGCCCUCAAAGCCAACAAACACCCAUUGGACGUUGUUGAACUUGUGGUGCGUGAACUGGAAAACAUUCCAAACUAUAAUGCGGGUAGGGGAUCUGUCUUAACCACUGCAGGGACAGUUGAGAUGGAGGCUUGUAUCAUGGAUGGCAAGACAAAGAAAUGUGGUGCUGUUUCUGGUCUUACAACUGUAGUUAACCCCAUAUCUCUGGCACGAUUGGUCAUGGAAAAGACUUCUCAUAUAUAUUUGGCAUUUGAUGGAGCAGAGGCUUUUGCAAGGGAACAAGGGGUUGAGACCGUUGAUCCGAGCCAUUUUAUUACUCAAGAAAAUAUUGAAAGGCUUAAUCAGGCAAAAGAAGCCAACAGAGUUCAGGUUUGUUUCUUGUAACAAGCGUCCAUAUGGAUAGACAUUUUCUGAUUUUUAUUUUUAUUUUUAUUUUAUUUUUGGGGGGGUAUAUUGGAGAUAUAGCUGCUUGGCUCUGAAGUAGUUUGAACCCCUGAGUUUAUCACAAAUCAAGGUUUCUAAAUUAG